AUGGACAUCGAUCCACGACUCCGCCUGGACGGGCGACACCCCCAGAGUCCUCAUCUCCCUCACCACCGAUCGGAUGCGCGACCUCCGCCGCCGACCACCAACGCACCGACUGCCACACCAACGGCGACAGGGAACUACACUUCACCGGCCUUGACCACCGGUAGUACCAGCCCGGGCACCGGUAGUGGCUUCGGACCUAGUCCCCAUGAAUAUCCCGAUCCUCCUGCGCACACUUCUUACCCCCACCAUCCUGCAGACGAUGGAAAUGAGAAUGACGACCCUUACUCCGACCUUAAACGGCCGCGCGCAUGCGAAGCCUGUCGACACUUGAAAGUCCGGUGUGAGCCGGAUCCGAAUGGUCACGAUGGAACGUGUAAGCGGUGCGCGAAGUCGGGGAGGCAGUGUGUAGUCACUGUGCCGACGCGGAAACGUCAGAAGAAGACGGAUAGUCGGGUCGCGGAGUUGGAGAAGAAGAUUGAUGCGCUGACGGCGCGAUUGCAGCCGGGUGCUUCAUUCACAACCGGAUCGGGGAUAGCGACAGGAGGCCAGGGGCAACAGGGUGUUGGUGGUGCUGGGAGGAGGUGGCUUGGAGCGAGGCAGGAUGUGCAUCCGUCGUCGCCUUUGGCUAAUGGAGCGGGACUGGGGUUGUCCGGCGUUAAGAGGCAGUUUAGUGGAGAGGUGAAAGAAGACAGAUCCUCUGGAUAUCCGAGACCUGCGGCUAGGCCGUCGCGCUGGGCUGGGUUCGAUAAAGCACCCACCAGCAGCAGCUUCGUUGAUAUUAUCGACAAGGGAUUUGUUUCUGCUGAGGUGGCCGCGGAGGCGUUCGACCGGUAUAUGGACGAAAUGGCACCGCAUCUUCCGAUCGUUGUGUUUCCUCCAGGGACGCCGAUGCACGAGGUUCGACGGACCAAGCCGAUUCUCUUUCACGCGAUUAUCACUGUGUCUAUCGGGGCUAUCCAGCCCGAGAUCCAAAUGCCCCUGAUCGACGACUUCUACAAAAUCAUUGCAGAGCGCGUGAUCGUCAAGGGUGAAAAGUCACUAGACCUAGUCCAGGCUAUUAUAGUCUGUACGAUCUGGUACAUUCCUCCCGACCAUUUCGAAGAGCUCAAGUUCUACCAGCUUACGCACAUGGCGGUCACCCUCGCAAUGGAUAUCGGGAUGGUCCGCUGGACAAAAACCGCCAAGCGACCGUUCAACCUCAUGAGGGAUGUUAUUGGGAAGAAGGCAUUCUUUCUGGACCCGGAUUCGCCAGAGACGAGAAGAACUUGGUUGGGCCUUUAUUAUCUUUCGGUACAAGUAGCCGCCGCCUUACGACGCGUUCCUCUUGUCCGUUGGCAUGCGUAUAUGGAUGAAUGUGUCGAGAUCCUGGAGACAUCUCCCGAUGCGUUACCGUCCGACAAAGCAUUGAUUCACUGGGUGAAACUUGGGCACAUUAUGGAGGAGAUUUGCUUUCACUUUGUUGGUGAUGAUCCGGACUUGAAUGCCACAUGUGCCGAACCCAAGCCUCAGUACACGUUGAAGGUGUUUGAGAAACAGUUGGAGCAAUGGAGGAAGGAAACCCCGACCGAGCAUUUUUCUGUUAUAAUGAAACAAACGGACUAUCUGAUCAACAUCUACAUCCACGAACCAACCAUGCAUAUCAACUGCAACGGCAACGAAUACAAGCCCCCCGAAAACGAGUACCAAAGCCCAACAAUCAACACAGCCUACAUCAACGCCCUAAGUACUUGCCUCACAUGCACCCACCGCGCCCUGGAUGUCAUCAUAUCAAUGCCCCCGGCCAGUAUCCUUUACCUGCCCACCUACGUCCUCGCCCGCGCGUCAUAUGCAAUGGUCGCGCUGAUCAGACUAUACGCCAUCGUGAGCGCUCCUGACUCGCAAAUCGGACAGGUUAUAGACCCACCCAGUUUGAAAAUCGAUUAUUACUUAGGCCGAGUGGUGGAACAUUACAAGGCUGCGGGGGGACAUGUGGGCGGGCGUUCACCGGGGAAGUUCUCGGUUGUGUUGGAUAUGCUUCGCAAUUGGUUCAUCAAGCAGAGGGAUCAGCCACCAAGUUUGAAGGAUGUGUUGGAUGGAAGGGGGAGGUCUGCUUCCUCGUCCGCCAAUAAUUUUGCGGAAGGUGGACAGGAGGGGACCAACCGAAUGGGACCAACCCCUCUACACCUCCUAAGUGAAGUCGCCAUGGGCGAGCCAAAAACCCGACAAGGCUCAAAUCCAACCCACCUCUCUCCAUUUCCCCCGCGAACAUCAGGCUACUAUACAUCAACGCCCCACCCAACAUCCAUCGACUCCCUCGUCUCCCAACCCCUCCCCCCCCCAGCCUCAACAAUGGACCAACACCAACAACAGCCAUGGAUGCAAUACCCCCAAAUGCAAUCAACAUACCCCGACCCAAGCGCCGCUCCGACAACAACAGCCACAGGGUUCAUUCCCGAACUAGGCCUCCCGGUUGGCGUGGGGUUUGAGUCGGAGAAUCUGUUUACGUUGGGGGAUAUGCUUGGGGAUGGAUUUUUUAAUUUUCCGUUUACGGUGGAUGGGAAUAUGGGGCAAGGUUGGUAG